ACGGAAAAGAAAACAAAGGCAUACAGAAAGAGAGAGAGAGAGAGAAACAAAGCGAAGCAAAGGAAAGGAAAGCAAGUCUUCUCUCUCCUCUAUUUGCAAACUCUUUAGCCUUAGCUCACUAAGAAGCAGAAGAGAACAACUACCAAAAAAAACCAGAAGCAGUAGACUUUUACCUUAACGGCACUUCUGUAAGAUUUCAUCUCAUCUGGUUUUUUCAUUUGAAUUCCUUUUGACAAAUCCAAACUCAAAACCUUUUCUUCAUGUUUUUUUUUUAAGGUUCCCUUUUAGAUAGAUACCCAUGAUUUUUAUUUCCUGUCUUUAUCUUCCUUAUCUAGAACAAAAUGAUUUGUGUUAAAGUGGGGUUGAAUUAACAUCUUUUGUGAAAUUAGGGUUUUUCAUUUCUGCCUCUUGAAGCUCAGUCGCUGUUCGUUCCUGCUAAAUAUUGGGGCUUCUCUAGGGCUUAUAGCUCUUUAUUUCCAUUCAAGUUUGAUUCUUGAUUUCUAAGGGGGGAAAUUUGUUUAGAUUUGCAUAUUUUUGGUGGGUUUUUGUUUCUUUAAGGUUUUAAUUAUGGCAGAGUUUUAGAUGCUUUGGGUGUUCGAAGGUAAUUGGGGAUUGGUAGUUUUAGCUUGUUUUUAGGCUAAUUUAGUGGGUAAUUUAUAUAGUGAUUAGCUAUGUCUAUGAACAACAACAAUAACCCGCCAAAGAGUUUGGGGCAAUCUUCGUCACCAUUUGGUAAUUCAGGGAUGGUCAAUCCAUCGAUGGGUUCGAACCCAACAUUCCCACAAGCGCAAGCGCAGAUGGGUGCUGGCUUUCAGGGUGGUCAGUUCCAGCUGUCCCAAGCACAGGCUACUUUGCAAGCCCAUUUGAAAGCGCAGCAGGCUCAUGCUCAAGCACAAGCAGCUCACGCUGCUCAAGUUCAAGCAGCUCAUGCACAAUUCCAAGCGCAAUUACAAGCGCAAGGGGUUUCUCUUAACCAAAAUCAGAGUGCUGGAAUAGGCAAUUUGGGUUCAUCUUCACCGUCGUUCUCGACUCCUGGCAAUGCUAGUGCGAAACGGCUCCCUCAGAAACCUCUGGGUAGACCUCCUGGUGUUCCCAUGUCGAGCAUGGUUUCACCAUUGAAACCCAUGGAUCUUUCUUCUGCUGCACGUAGGAAGAAGCAGAAGCUACCAGAGAAGCAGCUACAAGAUAGAGUAGCAGCAAUUCUGCCAGAGUCUGCUCUGUACACCCAGCUUCUUGAGUUUGAAACCCGUGUUGAUGCUGCUUUAGCUAGAAAGAAGGUCGACAUCCAGGAGGCGCUUAAAAGUCCUCCUUGUGUUCAGAAAACCCUUCGAAUUUAUGUCUUCAAUACAUUUGCCAAUCAGAUAAGAACAAUCCCCAAGAAGCCAAAUGCUGACCCUCCGACUUGGACUCUUAAAGUUAUCGGGAGAAUCUUGGAAGAUGGGGUAGACCCUGACCAGCCUGGAGCAGUCCAGAAAUCAAACCCAUUGUACCCAAAGUUCUCAUCUUUUUUCAAGAGAGUGUCAAUUCAGCUGGAUCAGAGACUAUAUCCUGAUAAUCAUAUCAUUAUAUGGGAGCAUGCUCGAUCACCUGCACCUCACGAGGGUUUUGAAGUCAAGAGAAAAGGGGACAAAGAGUUCUCUGUGAAUAUACGAUUGGAAAUGAAUUAUGUGCCUGAGAAAUUUAAGCUCUCUCCAGCUUUGAUGGAAGUUCUUGGUAUAGAGGUUGAAACCCGUCCUAGAAUAAUAGCUGCAAUUUGGCAUUAUGUGAAGGCUAGGAAACUGCAGAACCCUGAGGACCCUUCAUUUUUCAAUUGCGAUGCACCUCUUCAGAAAGUAUUUGGGGAAUCAAAGAUGAAGUUCACGAUGGUUUCACAGAGGAUAUCUCAGCAUUUAUCUCCUCCACAGCCGAUACAUUUGGAGCAUAAAAUUAAGCUAUCGGGGAAUAGUCCAGCUGGAACUGUCUGCUAUGAUGUGGUGGUUGACGUGCCAUUCCCAAUACAGAGGGAGUUGUCUGCUUUGUUGGCAAAUGCUGAGAAGAAUAAAGAGAUCGAUACUUGUGAUGAGGCGAUAUGUACUGCUAUAAGGAAAAUUCAUGAACAUCGUCGGAGACGCGCAUUCUUCCUUGGAUUUAGUCAAUCACCUGUCGAAUUUGUCAAUGCUCUCAUUGAAUCUCAAAGCAAGGAUUUGAAGCUGGUAGCUGGAGAAGCUAGUAGAAAUGCCGAGAAAGAGCGCCGCUCAGAUUUCUUUAACCAGCCAUGGGUUGAAGAUGCUGUAAUUCGAUAUUUGAAUCGCAAGCCUGCUGCCGGAAGUGAUGCUCCUCGGAGCAUGUGAGUUGGGAGUUUGAAGAGCUGCUGAUCUGUAACCCUGUCAUUUAUUCUUUCACUUAGCAUUUGUAGAUUUUCACCUUUGUUUUGUGAAAAUAGUACAGCCUAUCAUCGCCCUAUUGCUAAUGGCCCUGGGAGGAAUGCUUCAUGCUUGUAUUAAAACAAAAUAGGUUCGGUAGCUUUUUGUUGUUUUUUCUUUUUCUUUUUCUUUUUUGAACAUCGUUUAGGCUUUAAUUAUCCUUCAUACUUGCUUGAAUUAUUAUGCUAGUGAAAAAAAAGCCAUCUUAUCAUA